GCCGCGGCGGCCUAUUAAUAUCUCCAUCGAGACCAUCCCAACCUCCAACAUCUUCCACUUCACGAGCUCCCAAGUCACAUCGCCUCCUCUUCCUCUCCAGCUGCUCGCUGCGGAACCACGCAGCCAAUUGCUCUCGACACCAACCAGUUCUCACCUCUCGAUCGAUCAAACCUUCCUCGCGUCGCGUCCGUCGCCAUGUCGAACGGCACCGAGAAGCAAUCCCAUGCUGCUGCGGCGGCGGAGGCCCAGAAGCAGAGGCCCCCGGCGGUGUCCGCGGAGAUGCAGAAGGUGUUCUCCCGCUUCGACGCGGACGGCGACGGCCGGAUCUCCCCCUCGGAGCUCGCGGCCGUCUCGCGCGCCAUCUCCCCGCCGCCGAGCUCCUCGCACGGCGGCCGCGAGGUGGCCGCCAUGAUGGACGAGCUCGACGCCGACCGCGACGGCUACGUGGACCUCGGCGAGUUCGCGGCGUUCCACGCGCGCGCCGGCCGCGGGGACGACGGCGAGCUCGAGGCCGAGCUCCGCGCCGCCUUCGACGUCUACGACGUCAACGGCGACGGCCGCAUCACGGCGGCCGAGCUGGGCAAGGUGCUCGCGCAGAUCGGGGAGGGGUGUGGCGCCGAGGAGUGCGAGCGGAUGAUCGCCAGCGUCGACGUGGACGGCGACGGGUGCGUCGGGUUCGAGGAGUUCAAGAAGAUGAUGGCGCCCCAGGGCAGCGCCGCCGCGGCGCCCGGCGGCGACGUCCCAGACAAGGCCAAGAAGGAGUGAGCGGCAGAUGUGAUCAGGGGGGAAAAGGGCUGGAGUGCCUCUAGCAUUAUUUUCACCUAGAGUAAACUCUCCUGCGUAAUGUUGUUGUUAAUGGGAAUAAUAAUCCUCCAUGACUAUCAUGUAUUAUACCCCCAACCCUUAUAAUUGUGGCGUACAUGUGUGCAUCGAUUGAUUUGCUGAA